ACUCAUUGUUGAUCAGUUCGGGAGGUGCGUCGUGCUCCAAUGACCGAGUGACGGCAACAUAACAACAGUGUCCCAUGAUAGUGUCGCAUCAUGCGGUGGAAGCCGCGGGUGGCUUCCCGCGCGAAGGAGAGAGCCAACAUCAGCUUUUUCAUAUUCAUCAUGUUCUUCGCUGUGUUUGGAGUGAUUGUCCUCACUGAGCUUCUGCUGCUGGAGAGACCGUCGCCGUCCAGCAGACUCCGCUUCAAUGAGGAUGCCCAGGGCUGGGAGGGGCGGACGGAGACUGCGGGAGAGGGGGAGGGCGCCCCCCCGCCGGCGCGCGCCCCCUUGGACGCGGUAUGGCAGCCGGUUGCCGGUACCAGGUUCAGAUUCUACGUGUAUUCGGCGUACAUGGAGCGGCGGACGGUGGCGGCGGUCCGCGUUGUGGCGGCGACGAAGACGCGCGGCGCCGACCCCGUCGUCUGCCGCCUGUUCAUGCCAGAUAACAGAACCAUCACGCUGAAGGCUAGAGUUAAGCCGAUCCGCGAGAACUGGAACCUGAAAUACAGCGCGACGUACGUGCUGUGUCUCCUACGGGAUUCGGGCGUGAAGGCUCGUGAUACUGUCGGUGCUGCCAUAUCAGUCGUCGCGGCUGCUGCGCCCAAUCGCCCGCCUACUAACCUGCUGACUGUACUAGAUACUGAUCCGAAGAGCGGGAUUGAGGAGACGCUCCACGUGUGCGUGAAGCCGUUCCACUACUCGUACUCUCGGGACGAGUGGCUGAUAGAGUGGUUCGAGCUGAACCGUCUACUCGGCGCCAACCACUUCUACAUGUACAACGAGUCACUGAGCGCCCCCGUGUCGUGCCUCCUAGAGCAUUACCAGAAGCAGGGGCUGGUGACGCUGCUGCCGUGGAAACUGCCGAUUGUCUCCAAGAUUGAGAUCAGGACGGAAGGGCAGUUCGCGGCGUUCAACGACUGCCUCUACCGCUCCAUGUCGUCGGCCGGCUGGCUGCUGGUCAUUGACGUCGACGAGGUGAUCCUACCGCGGCGGGAGCGGACGCUGACGGCGCUGCUGACGGCGCUGCGAGCGGCCUACAACCCGCCGUCGAAAGCGCCUUCCGCUUUUCUGUUUAGGAACGCGUUCUUUUAUUUGCGAUGGGAGGAUGACGCCGAAGCGCCGGCACCUUUAGUCACGGCGCGGAAGACGCGACGCUGGGCGGCGCCACACGCGAUAAAAAACCGCAGCAAAUACGCGUUACGGCCGCGCGAUGCCGUCGAGUUGGGGAACCAUUUUGUAUGGGAGCUCGCGCCGGGCGCCAGCGCUGUAGGCGUGCCCACUGAUAGAGCUUUGUUACACCAUUAUAGAAUCGCAUGCGAGUACGGCGGCAUGCAGUGUCUGACGGUGCCGUCGACGGUGGACCGCACCGCGCACCGCUGGGCGGAGGAGCUCAUGCAGCGCGUAUCAGCCGAGAAAAAGCAGAUCUCCAAAGUGUGCCUCGCUAACUGAAAAUAGCUCUACCUUAGGACUUUUCCACACGAUGUAUUUUUUAAUGAGGCCGCGACCGUAGCCAAAGUCCCUGUCGUU